AUGCGCUUGUUUAGACACAGCGACGAUUACAUUACCUUGCCGGAUCAGGAAGCACUUUUCUCGUUGCCAUCUGCGCUUUUCGGAUACAUCGAGAAAAAAUCUCUUACACCAUUUGGAUGGCGUUGGCGAAAGCGAACUGUUGUUUUGAAUCCUAGUGGGCAUUUAAUUAUCUAUAAAUAUUUUCUGGAGAAUAUCGGAGCUGGGAAACCUUUUGUGGGGCGAAUAAUUCAUUUGGAUGCAGUCGAGCAUGUCCAAGCUCGAAUGGAUAAGGACGUUUGUUAUAUUAAAAUUCAAGAUCAUACUCGAAAACGAACAGAAUUGCGAAUUAAAGGUACAAAAGCUCGUUUAUGGGCUGCGAAAGUAUUCAUGUACGAUGCUCCUUUUAAUGACUGCAAACAACGUUCAACGGCUGCAGAGAUAGAGUGGCCAAUUUUGCGCCCACUGAAAGUACAUGAUCCAAAGAUUUCCACAUCAAGUAUUCAUGAUACUGCUCAAGCAACCAAAAUAAAUCGUACGCCAAAAUUUUCUAAAGUCACCAUUACUUCUCUUUCAUCUGAGAGCUUCCCAGACUACACAGCAUCUGAUGCUUCACAUAAAACCACUCAAUUGUCGGCGCAAAUUUUAAAUGUGGAAGAAAUAAGAAAUUUUGGAGUGUUCACAGCUUGUGGAGCAGAUUCUGAAUCCAACAAUGUUGAAAAUAUUUCAGUGCAAAGUGCCAACAUGAUUUAUGGAAUAUCUACGUAUAAAAAAUUUGAAACAAAUGGUUUCUUAAAGCGCUCAAAAUCAGCAUCAGAAUUUACUAACAUCGCUGAAUUUUUCACUGCUAAGAGAGCAAAUAAGUCUGUAAGCUUGGACCAGUUGAAUGCAGUACUGAUACCGCGUCAAAAUCGUUUUCGGAAGCAUUUGAAAGACAUGAUUGAAAGCCGAUUUUAUGAUAGUUUAGCGAAGUGCACUUUAAAUUAUUCAGUUUCCAGUAUCCAAAAAUUACGCGCAUGUGCUGGCAAUCUUCGAAUGUCACAAAUUUAUAUUCCAUAUAAUCCAUUGCCCAUAACGAAUGAAAUGCGAGCGCAGCAUCGGCAACGUUCGGUACCGCUAUCACCGUUAUCAAUUGAUAGUAAUUAUAAAUUACGGAAAGAAUUAAAGCAUGAUGAUAAAAUGGAAAACGAUACUGUUUAUCACUUUUAA